AUGUCACAUAGUGACAACGACAGCGGCGCUACUGUCGCAACGACAACUGAACGGAAGAAGAACGGUACAGGAUCUUUGAGAUCACAUACGUCGGAAAAGUCCCAUGUAGUCGAAGAUAUCGUAUCCGACGAUGAUCGCGCUUCCGUUUCGUCUGCAUCGACGCACUCCGACUCGAUUAACCAGCGGCCGGCAAUACAUCAGACGUGGAGCAGGAAUACAGGAUACUCAUGGCCUGGGGAAAAGGAGGAUGCAAUUACGGCAGUGACAACGAACGCAACCCAAGAUCCACGCUUCGAGGUCGACUUUGACGACAAUGGCGAGAACCCCCAAGAUUGGACCAUGGCGAAAAAGUCUCUUGUCAUCUUCUUCAUGAGCUUUUCAACACUCGUGGUAGUUAUGUACUCUACAGCUUACACAAGCGGUAUACCAGGGAUGAUGCGGACAUUUGGUAUACAUAGCAAGACGCUGGUUAUUCUGGGUAUCACAACGUAUUUGUGUGGUUUGGCAGUUGGAUCGCUACUUCUGGCACCGCUCAGUGAGAUGUAUGGAAGAAGACCGGUGUAUCUCAUCGCUGUUGCCACUUUUACCGUUCUCAUCAUUCCAUGCGCACUGUCGAACAACCUGGCGCAGAUUCUUGUCAUGCGAUUCUUCGGUGCCAUUGCCGGCGCGGCCAUGAUUUCAAAUGCUCCAGGAACCGUAUCCGAUAUAAGUCGAGAAGAAUACCGUGCGCUUGCAUUUUCCAUCUGGUCUCUUGGCCCGAUGAACGGCCCCGUUAUAGGCCCUCUGAUAGGAGGCUUCGUCUUCCAAGCCCUAGGCUGGAGAUGGACAAACUGGGUCGUCAUGAUCGGAUCUGGCGCCUCAUGGUUCAUGAUUUUCAUGAUUCAGGAGACGUACGCACCAGCCAUACUCCGCGCAAAGUCCGCGAAGAAGCGCAAAGAGACGGGUGACCCAAGGUACCACUGCCGCUACGACGACAAGAAGGCCUUUUGGCCCCUUCUCCGCGAGAAUCUAUAUCGCCCCCUCAGCAUGGCCGUCAACGAACCCAUCUGCAUCUUUUGGGACGUCUACAUUGCUCUCGUCUACGGCGUCUUGUACCUCUGCUUCGUCUCGUACCCCAUUGUCUUCGGCGAACUCCGUGGCUGGUCUCCAGGCCUCGUAGGCCUAGGCUACAUGGGCAUCGGCAUUGGUGGGGUCGUAACAAUUAGCUCUGAACCCCUCCUACGCCGGAUGAUCAACGCCCACAAGAAAGAUCCUGAGACAGGGAAACCAUAUCCCGAAGCCAUGGUUAGCGUUGUCGUCAUCGCAGCUGUAUGCGUGCCUGUGGGAGAAAUGAUCUUCGCAUGGACAUGCACCCCAAAUGUCCACUGGGUCUUCCCCCUCCUCGCCGGCAUCCCCUUUGGCGCCGGAAACUGCGGCGUCUUCAUCUAUGCCUCAAACUACCUCGUCCACUCCUACGGCAUCUACGCUGCCUCUGCGCUCGCUGGAAACGCCGUCUUGCGCUCUGCAAUGGGUGGUGCAUUACCCCUCGCUGGACCCAAAAUAUGA